CCGGCCACGAGCGCCCAGCAGGGGGAACCCAGCGGCGUCGCGCGCGCGCGGAGCCACCCCGCUUAAAGCCCGCGCCGAGGCGGGCAGCGUCGGGCGCGCGCACCUCCGCGUGAAAAGAUCAGAUGACAACUAUCAAGCUCAGAGAAUAAAAUAUCAAAAAUAUUGUUUCGUAUAGAAGACCAUGAUAACUGUGAUCAAGAUAUUAUUGCAUCACUUUUUUUUCUGAUACAAUUCUUCUGCGGUCAAAUAGCUUUUUUUAAAUUGUGCUGCAGCUUGCAUUAAAUGUGCACACAGAGUGAGGAUCAGAAUAAAUUGUGAAGCAGUGCAGCAUUCCUUGUGAAGAAAACUUCUGAACAGUGGCAAACCAGGCGUUUUCCCCAGAGGCUGCUUUCCCUCAUGGGAGGCGGAGGGAGAGAUGGGACCCCAGGCUUCUUUCAAGGGCAAGCAGGAUACAAUGGGAAAGAACAAAAGAGAGUCCCUACAAACCUAUAGCUGGUGGAGAGGACCACAGAAAAAGCGAAAGAAAAAGAACAAAAUAAAAGCAGGAAGAACAGACUAUGUUAGUGUUGUUAAUCUUCCAAUCAGACCAGAUUUCUCAAUAGUUGUAGGAGAGCUAACUCCUGAAGUGGAUGAUUUUCAGCUCUAUGACUAUUUUGUGAAAAGGUACCCUACAUGCAUUGACUGCAAAAUAGCCACAGACCUACUGGGAUACUCCAGGGGGUAUGGCUUUGUCAGAUUUGGUGAACAAGGUGAUCAGAUGAGAGCACUGCAAGACUGCCAAAAUGCACCAGGUCUAGGUGGAAAACGAAUCCGACUGAGUAUAGGAAUUUCUAAAAGAAUGAAAGCAGACUUCCAGCGGUUUCAGUCCUAUAACUAUAAUGAUUAUUGUCAAGAUUAUCAGAACUACUACUCACAGUGGGGUUAUGAUCCUUAUGCUGAUUACAACUAUAGCUAUCCUUCCUAUGACAACAUGCAAGCUAUUGGAGAUUCUGCUAUAAGAGACUCAAUUGUGACUCCAGCUGUAUUUGAGGAGACCCCAAUUGUGGCUGAAAGUAAUGAUGAACUAAUAACUGAAGAUCCACAGCUCCAUCUGGAUAUUGAUGAAAUGAACAGAGAAUUUAUGGAGAGAAGUGAAGAACUCUAUGACUCACUCAUGAAUUGUCAUUGGCAGCCUCUGGAUACGGUCACCUCUGAAAUACCUACUGCUUUCUAAAAGUGUCUCUUUCAUGAAUAUAUAGCAUGACCGUUAUGACCAAGGUGCUAACAUUACAUUUCUUCUACAUUACUCUAGACCAUAAGUUUUAAAGCACAAGGAUGGGUUGUUGUUUUGCUAAGCUUUUGACAGCCUUUGUAAUUUUUGUUCAUCACUCUACUCAUGAAGCAUCUUGAAAUCAUGUAAAUAUUCUAGAAAUGUAAAGAGUUGACUAGAAUCUCAAGAUAGACUUGCUUGUGUAAAUAAAAACUCGUUUCUGCAAA